CAAUAUCAAGUUCCGCGUAUAAACACUGUUGUAAAGAGGCGGCGGAGCGGAAUUGUGCUGGGACAACGCUUCCGGUGACGACACAACGGGGUGAGAGGUCAUCAACUUGUAUUCGCGCGAGAUAUGUGGUAAAGCACGAGAUCAAUGGCGUCGCCAUAUUGCGGAAUUUGAAGACUUCCCGACGUUGAAUUUUAAGCGAUAAAUUUCCCCGCGUAGAAGCGAUAAAUAACUAGAAAUAUUGACAGAAGAUUUGGAGUCAUGGAUACUUUCACUUGUGGAAACUGUCAGUUACUAUUCACAGACAUAGAACUCUUUAUGACUCACAAGAAGUCUGAUUGUAGUAGUGAGAAUGCUACCAAUGCAAGUUUACCACCAGUAUUACCUGAAACUACCUCUGAUAUUGCACCUGCUGCUGAUAGUAUUAUAACGCCCCUUCCAAUUGUAACAGUUCCUCCUCUGGUUCAGCCACAGGUAGAUACUUCACAACCAGUCACAGAUGCCAUUAUUUUUGUUUGCAAGCACUGUAAUCUUUUUUCUACUGUGAAAGAAGAGUUGAUUGAGCAUGUUAAAGAUGAGCACCAGGUAAUCGAAGAUGAUGUUGAUUCUUCUAUAUCGUCUCUUCAACCACUGCCAGGAAGUAUGCCACCUCCAACUGCUAAACUACGCCCAGCCGUGCAGAAGAUAGUCACAGUGCCUUUCGGGCGUAGACGUGGACGGCCACGUAAAGUGCCAAAAACUGAAGAACAAUUGAAGGAAGAAGCGAGGCUGAAGAAUGAAGCACAGGAAAGAGCAGCUGAGGCUAAGAAAAAGGAAGAGGAGAUGAUGCAACAAGGUGAUGGUUUUGCAUGUUCAACUUGUAAAAGAAAAUUCACUAGGUUACGUCAAAUGAAGAGUCAUCGCUGUGUGGUUGAUGUCUUUGAUGAUGAACCACCUACGAAAAGAAUGCGUGGUCGGCCGGGUCUUGGCACUUCUGAUGGCUAUGAGAAUUCAGAUGAUACAUCCUGCACACAGUUGAACCUUUCUGUUUCAAGUGGUGCAACACAACCGUCCCUUACAGUGUUUGAUGGAUCGAACCAGGCAGGCAUGGAUGUGCCACAGGAAUACCCUGAUGGAAACUCUCUAGAAGAAAAUGCUGAGGAUGAGAAGAAGGACAAGCGGUCUAGAAUGUCCUACCUUGAGAAGUAUGUCGUCGGUGAAAUUACCGAACACUGCAUUCAGCAAACUAUCAACCAAGGAGCCGCUAUUCCCCACCGAAGUAACACCACAAAUCCAGUGCUUAGAGUCUUCACAUGUCCGCAUUGUAACAAACUUUUCAAGUACAGACACGCCCUGGCUGUACACAUUCUCAUCCAUAAGGACAUCAAACCUUUCAAGUGUAAUCGCUGCAACUAUGCCUCCAAUAGCUCUGGCAACCUGAAUGUCCAUAUGCGUAAACAUACUGGGGAGAAAUUCAGGUGUAGUAAGUGUGAUUUCACAUGUAUCAAUAAGGGGCAUCUGAAGGUUCAUAUGGCAAAACAUGGCACUGAUCGCUACGAGUGUGAAUUGUGUGGGAAAAAAGUGCACCAUCCAACUGAGCUAGUGAAACACAUCAAGUACAAACAUGACAUUGACAGAGAUAACAAGGCCAAGGAGUACUUCGAACGCAAGAAGAUGGAGAGUCGCAGUGGAAGGAGAGCUCUAUUAUACCAAUGUAAUAUCUGUGAGCGAAAGUUCAAGACAAAGCGUGAUCAUGAUAUGCACUUGUAUUUACACACCAAUGAAAAGCCAUACAAAUGUGAACUAUGCGAGUACUCCACUGCUCGGAAGCCAUACAUGAAAGUGCAUGUUAAGAAGCAUAGAAUAGUUUAUAAGUGUUGCUUCUGUAAUGAGAGCUUCAUCAGCUCACACAGACUGUCUGUUCAUCUGCAGGAAAGUCAUGGGGAUUUACAAGAUUUUGAUAUCAAUGAUGUGUACAAUAAGUCUGUCAACUGUAGUCUUUAUUUAGUGGAGCCUGGGGGAAAGAACAUUACUGCAGAUGAGGCCUCGGCUUUAGCCAUCCUACAACAAGAGAAUAUCGAUACAUCUGAAGAUAAUUUAGAUUUCACGGCUAUGUUUUCUAAAGGUAGCAUUUCCAACAUUCAGACUGAGCUGGAAGAAAAGAAUGACAUAUCGAGAAGCGAGAUGAAGAAUCCCUUGCAGGUGCUAUGUUAA